AUGGGAGACUCUUCUUCGUCGGCCGCUGAGCGGCAACCCCUCCUCGGCCCUCUUCAACCCUCAUUCUCAGCCUCAUCGUCUGGCAGCACCAUAGCCACCGCCCAUACCAGGUCACCGCCCAAAAUGUUCGCCGGUCUCAAGCGCCGACUCGCCGUCUCGGACGACUCCGAGGUCAACCAUGGCUUCCGCACCACCCACCUUAUCAACCCGGACAUAGCCCCCAUGCCCCCGUCGCGCCGGAUCUGGGGCCGUCCGCAGUACCUCGCCUUCUUCGCCAUUGCCCAGUUCACCAUCACGGCGUGGGCCGCCAGCGCCGCCAUCCUCGGCUUGGGUCUCGCCGUGUGGGAAGCCGUAGUGGCGCUGUUCGUCUCGCAGGUCUUUGUCGUCACCGUCGCCACCGCCACCGGCUGGGUCGGCGGCGAGUGGCACGUCGGUUUCACCGUCGUCCAGAGGAUCAUCUUUGGCCAGCUCGGCAGCUACGUCGGCAUCGCCAUCCGCGUCACCCUCUCCGUCGUCUGGUACGCCAGCCAGGCCUGGCUCGGCGGCUUGUGCGUGACCGCCAUGAUCAGCUCCUGGAGCAGGGCUUUUCUCGAGAUGCCAAACACCUUUAGCGCGGACGCCCACGUCGCCACCCGGGACUUUAUUGGCUUCGCCGUUUUUCAGCUCAUCAGCGUCCCGCUCAUGUGGUUCCGCCCAGAAGUCGCCAUCCGUCCCGUCGCCAUCGCAAACUGCAUCACCUUUUGCGUCAUGCUGUCCAUCACCGUGUGGACUUGCCACACCGCCGGCGGCGUGGGCCCUUUGAUCCGCGCCCCGGGACCCCCGUCCCCGGACCGAGCCUGGACGUGGUUCUACGCCAUCACCAGCGGCAUCGGAGCCAUCAGCGCCGGCAUCCUGAACCAGGCAGACUUUACGCGCUUCGCCAGGCGGCAGGGCGACCAGGUUCCAGGGCUGGCGUUUGCGACGUUUGUCCCGGGCACCAUGGUCCCGCUGAUGGGCAUCCUGACGGCGAGUGCGAGCCUGGUGGUCUGGGACGGCGAGCCGCCGUUUUGGAAUCCUUUAUACAUUGUCAUUCAGUGGAUGGUGGACGACUAUACCGCAGGGAGGCGCGCGGCCGCCUUCUUCUGCUCCCUGGGGCUGGUGUGCAGCCAACUGGCCGAGAACAUCAUGGGCAACGGAUAUGCCGCCGGCAUGGACCUUGCGGGCCUGUUCCCUCGCUACAUUAACAUCCGCAGGGGAUGCAUGAUUUGCGCCGCGCUGUCGUGGGUCGUGCAGCCGUGGCUGUUUUACAACACUUCGUCCGUCUUUGUCGCCACCAUGGCGUCUUUCUCGGUCUUUCUGGCCCCUCUGACUGGGAUCAUGGUGACCGAUUACUUCCUUUUGCGCAAGCAAAAGAUUGAACUCUCUCAGCUAUACACUCUGGACAAAGGCGGCAGCUAUUACUUCACCCACGGCUUCAACCUACGAGCAAUACUGGUGUGGAUUGUGUGCUUUGUUCCGGCCGUGCCUGGCAUGGUUGCUCGGUUGAACCCGAAUCUCCGGGUCCCCGACGGCCUGGUCAAGUACAACACGGGAAACUACUUUUUCGGUUUCUUCUCCGCUUCCCUGAUAUACUACGUCGUCGUGCGCGUAUUCCCACCCAAGAACCUGGGCUGCGCCGACCCCGUUGACAUGUACGGCACCUUUACCGAGGAGGAGGCCCGGAGGAAGACCAUUGCACCGUUUGAGCCGGCGGGCCCUAGCGCCGGGCCGGCGAAGCUUGAUGAGGCUGCAGACUCGCCGGAAUCUAGCAAUAGGGCGGCUGCUCGGGGCGUACAACGUGAUGAAUAA